AUGAUCGGGAUGCAAGGGGAGGGCGGUGCGCGGGAGCCGACGGGCGGCGGGGCCGGCGAGCAGAUGGUGGGUGGUGCGAUGUCCGCCUCUGAACAGAUUCUAGCAGCCUCCACACAACCCUUGGCGUACAUCCAUGGAGGCAACCCGACGGUCAGCCCCUCGGUCCUGCAGUACCCGGAGGGAUUUGGCAAGGACGACGCAGCUGCUGUGGACAGGCUGUCACGCAACCUGAACUGCUUGUCGGUCGGGGGCCACAUCCCUGAAGAGUACAUGGGACGCAUUGAUGAAGAGCCUGCCCCAGUUUCGUACAUCCCAAAAAUCCUGCAUUCAAGGUCAGCCACCGACUUGUCAUCCCUUGCGACUGUGGAAGAAGAUGUUUUCAGCAUGGGGGGUCUGGAGCUGGACAAUGCGGGUGCUGUGGAGUCGCCUGCGAGCUCAAGCGACAGAAAUUUGCAGCUGAAAAUUGGUGCCCACCCGUCUCGCACGCUGCUCGUUAGCAAUAUUAACAGCACGAUGUCUGCAGAACAUCUGAAGGCAUUGUUUCAGACAUUUGGCGAUGUUCAAACCCUGAGGACAGACUACCGCUCGCACGGACUUGUGGUAGUUUCCUUUUACGACCUGAGGGCUGCUUUCAAUGCUAAACGGGAGCUGCAUGGUCGCUCGCUUGCAGAGCAGGUGCUACAAGUUCAAUUCUCAGCUGCAGGGAAUGCGUUUGGCAACUUUGGAGAGGGCACAAUUCUUGUCUUCAACUGCGACCCCAACCUCGACUGCCAGGAGCUUGCCCGCAUUUUCUCUGUCUAUGGAGACGUGAAGCGCAUUCAGGAGGUGCCGGACAAGAAGGACCACAAGCUGAUCGAGUUUUACGACAUUAGGCGUGCUAACCUAGCGAUGCAGGCAAUUAACAGAGCCGUUGUUGCAGGGGGCCAGUUCCGUCCAGAUGUCCAGGUGGAAGGAGCUGCUCCAGCACAGCAGUCUGCUAAUUUCCAAAGUAUUGAGAGUGGAGGUUCUGGCGACCUCUCGGGUCAGCCAUUGGCACACAGCUGGGAUGGUUCUGUCUCAGCAGCGUCCAGAAUGAAAUCUCUGCUGGAGAUGGGCGGUGUUCAGAGUGCCGAGGACUUGUUUGGCACAGGCGUAGGCCAGGGGUCUCCAUCAGCACAGGCCAACCCCUUGCUGGGUUCUGCGACGGGUAUGCCAUCAACUGGUAUGGUGAAGUCGAACAGCGCACUGGCGCUUCAGGAUUUGGCCUCAUCUGCUGCCAUGGGCCCCUCCAGGGUUCCUCCUGUCCCGCAGCUGGCCAGUGGCGCCCUACCCCUCACCGCACAGCUCGCCAAGGGCCUUAGGAUCUCAGACAGUGCCUCGAGCCUGGGCAGCCGGAUGUAUGGCCGGCAACCCGCCCUGAUGCAGAACUCCCCCGGCACUGUCGUGGGGUCCAUGAGCAUGCCCAGCGUGGCUGAAGGGCCGCUGCUGAAGGGGCUGGGGCCGAAGGCCAUGCCCCCUCCAGGCAUGUUGGCUGGCAUGCAGCAGCAGCCAGGAAUGGUGUCUGGUUUGAUGCAACAGGUGGGUGCUGGAGCUCAGCCAUCAGCAGAGGCGCUGCAGGCGUCAGCCUCAGGCCUUCCCACAGGUUUGCUGAACAGCCCCAAUGCUGCACGCCUGCUGGCUGGGCACCUGGGGGGCAGGACUGGCCUCUCCAACAGCACCAGCGUGGGCUCAGGGCUGGACAUCUACGGCCAGCAGUCUGCCCUCAGCAAUGCGAUCGCGGGGCUGCAGCAGGGCACCUUCCUGGGCGCCCAGGGUCCGCAGCCGAUGGGCAGGCCUGCCGCUGGAGUUGCCCCCGCCAGCCCUGCCCUGUGGGGUCAGGCUGGAGCCCAGCUGCCCAACACCCAGUCGCUGGCGGCCUCAAAUGCGGGCCUGUACGAAGCAAUCUCCAAGCUGCAACAGGCCGGCGUGGCCGCAAGUGCCAUCCCCGGGCUUGUAGCCAACGCCGGCCUGGGGCCCCAGCCCAACGCCUAUCUCCAGGCAGCGAUCGCUGCAAAUGCAGCCCAGCUGCUGCAGCAGGCAAUCGGGGGUGGGGUCCUGCCCAGCCUGAUGCAAGGCGCUGGGUCCAGCGGGCUGGACCUGACUGGCCUCUCGAAGAGUGCCAGUUCCCCGGCCCUGAACCUCGCCCAAGAGGAGCCACGGGAGCAGCACCGAGACCACAGGUCAGGGGGGCGUCUGAGCCGAAGGAACGUGGAUCCUGUGCUGGAGGCGGAGCGGCGGGCCCAGCAGCAGAGACUGUACGCGCUGGACAUCGACCGGGUGAACUCUGGGGAGGACAAGCGCACAACGCUGAUGGUGAAGAACAUACCCAACAAGUACACCCAGAAGAUGCUGCUGGCUUCCAUCGACGAGACGCUGCGAGGCAAGUACGACUUCUUCUACCUGCCCAUUGACUUCAAAAACAAGUGUAACGUGGGCUAUGGGUUCAUCAACAUGAUGACGCCCAAGGACAUCAUCCCUGUGUUUGAGCGCUUCCACAACAAGAAGUGGGAGCGGUUCAACAGCGAGAAGGUGUGCUGCAUCACGUACGCCCGCAUACAGGGCAAAGCAGCCCUUGUGAACCAUUUUCAGAACUCAAGCUUGAUGCACGAGGACAAGAAGCAUAGGCCAGUUCUUUUCACCAGUGAUGGCCCAUCACAGGGGGAGCCAGAGCCCUUUCCAGUGGGUCCCAACGUGCGCCCUCGGAUAACAUUCAAGGAACGAGAUUUUCGAUCGAGGGAGAAAGGCGGAUACUGGGGGUGA